GCGCUUAUUUUAUUGCAGAGCUAAGUUGACAACCCUGGACAGGCGCAAAUGCGGAGCUAAACAAAGCAGAAAAAUACAAAAAUCGCCAAGAAAACAGGCAUCGACGGCGAACUGAUGGACACCGAGGAAGUUAAAAGGGGCCGUGGACGUGGGCGCGGCACAAGAGCACGGGGACGAGGACGAGGACGCGGUCGCGGUCGUGGCAAGAAAAUCGACGAGAGCCUAGCCGCUGAUGCCGCAGCAGCCCUGGCAGCCAGCAGUGCAGCCUUGGAGGACAGUCCCGGUGGAGUGGAGCACUCGGAGGAUGCUGUUAUGCAGGACUUGGAUAAGGAAACGGAGAUGGAGGUAGCCUCCGCUCCAGAAGAACCCCCCCAGCCAGCGGGUGGCGUCGCUGAGAUGACAGCUCCACAUCCGCAAGUGCCACAACUUCAGCAGCAGGCGGUUCCACCUGUUCUAAGCCAGACAAUUGACAUGGAAGCUGACAUAUCGCAGCUGGAGGCUCCCACCUUUACCACACUGUCGCGCGGUCCUCCAGAGCCCAUGUUGCGUCUCAAGUGGAGUCACAAGGUGAGCCUCAUCGGAGAGAAGGUGCUCAACCCGAUGAUUCACUGCUGCGACCAGUGUGACAAGCCGAUUCUCGUUUACGGCCGGAUGAUUCCCUGCAAGCAUGUCUUCUGCCUCAAGUGCGCCCGUGCUGAACCGAUCAAAAGCUGCCCCCGUUGCAACGACAAAGUACUCCGCGUGGAACAAAGCGGCCUGGGUACGGUUUUCAUGUGCACCCACGGAGGUAGUCGGUACGGCAGCUCUGGCUGCCGGAGGACCUACCUCUCGCAACGAGAUUUACAGGCACACAUCAACCACAGACAUGUGCAGUUGCAGCCGCUUCAACCGCUACAGCCUCUGCCGCAGGUGGAACCGCCCCUGGAGUUGCACAAGCAGCGCAAGCUCUCCGAGUCGUCUGUUCCCACCUCAAUUCCCAACUCCAUCGUCCGCCCUCUAACGCGCCCCGCACCCACCAUCGGUAGCAUAGCGCCGCCGGGAUCCACCCAAAACGCCAUCCACGGCAACCACUCAACUCUCACGCUGGCCAAUCUGGCGAGGAUCAACAACGCCAAUGCCCAGGACUGUCACCAAGGCAAAGCCUCGCUACACCAGACUUUGAAGAAGGGUCAGCCUCACCAUUCAGAGGCGGUGGCGGAUGCCUCCUAUUACAGCAGCGUGCUCGCCUCCUUUGGCAGUACAGCAGCAGCGGUGGGAGGCGCCAUUGCAUCUGGUCCAAAUUCCAGUGGUGCUGGUGGUGGUGGAGGUGGAUCGGGAGUCGGUGGCUCCGUCGAAUCGGGAGUGGGCGGAUCGUGGCAGCAAUCGCAAUACUACAGAUAGGGGACAGACCCUAAGCCCAAGGGUGUAGCUUUUUACGCAGGCGGCUAUUAGUUAAGAUUAUAAUUGUAUGUUAAGGAUGAAUAAAAAGUAUUUUCAAAAGUGA